GAUAACCACGCCCAAAAGUGAGGUGGCGUCAUUGUGACAAGCGAGGGUCUUGUCAACACACCACACCGGCGAAUCUUUCCCCUUCGCCGUGAAAUGCCUAAAUGAUUUCCUUUCUAUAGGCGCUUCUGACUGAGGAAACCCCUAUGGGAAAACCAUAUUUUUGGAGCUGCGUCUAAACGGUCUGUCGAUACAUUGACUAGUGUUUAUUUAUCCCUUCAGGUUCUUGAACACUUACAACAUGCGUCAGUGUUUCUUGGGACUUUUCUGUGCGGCAUCGCUGCUUGUGACUGUCAAAGGUAUAAAUGCUGAAUGUCCUCUUAAGAUCAUGCCAACAAAACUUGUUGUGAGGUUUAAUAGUUCAGCUUCAGCUGACUGCAGCACUUCUGUCACACAUGAUGGGAUGGGAUGGGAAUCCACUGUGGGAGGAGUGCCCCUGUCCAAAGCUAAUCUGAUCACAUGGAGAGUGUCACAGCUGACAUACUGGGAGAUACAGCCACCAUACUGCUACAUAAACUAUGGCAAACAGUGUGAAGUAGCUCUCCCAGUCACUAUUUACAAGACUCCAGACAGUGUUUCCAUCAGCACUGUGAAUCAAAUAAUGAUGGAGGGAAACCAGUAUGAGCUCCAGUGUGACAUUCACAACGUUGCUCCUGCUCAGAAUCUCACUGUCAACUGGUACAAAGGAGAAACUCUGGUGAAUCAAACCAGCUUUUCUGACACAAUCAAGAGACCAGUCAGUAAAACAUCUAAACUCAUGAUCCAUCCAGACAGAGCUGAUGAUGGAACUCAGUACAGAUGUGAAACAGAGCUGAACCUGGGAGAAGAAGGACCUCAACCUCAUCCCAAAAACACAUCAACACCUCUCAGCAUUGAAGUUCACUAUAAACCAAAACACUCCAGUUCAGCAGAGUACAUCAGUCAGAGCGAUACUGUCUAUCUAAACUGUACAGUGAAGGCAAACCCGGCUGCUGUGUACACAUGGCACUCAGAGCAUCUGACAGAGAAGAUCAGCUCCUCAGUGAUCCAGUCUUCCACACUCAGUCCAGGAAACUACACCUGCACCGCCACAAACGAUCUGGGAGCCGACAGCAAAGAGUUCAUCGUCAGUUCUGCAGGCUGGACCACAAUAUGGGCUAUUGUUAUAGCUGCUGUCGUGUUGGCAGUCCUGUUGGCAGUCAUCUCUUUUGUAGUAUUCAAGAUUAAAUGUCGUCAAAACUAUGCUGUUCAAUGAACUUGCAAGAGAUGACCCCAAUGCAGGAACGUCUCUUCGUGGAGAUCCUGAAAAACUUGAAUGAGUUCCGUUCUAUCAGCUCAACAAUGGAAUCCGAUGAACGGUCUACUUAGGUUAACUGUGUGUAAGACUUUUCUUCUGAAAAUAAUUUUCUUAUUUAUUUAUUUAUUUUAUUUAUUUGUUUGUUUGUUUCCAGCUACGAACGUAAUUAGACUCCAAUUUUAACCGCUCAUUAAAUUUUGACUGUUUCUGAUUAGUAA